AUGUCGUCAGACAGGAGCGAAAGCCCUCCGCCGCCCGACUGGUCGCCGCCGGCGUCCGAGGCCGACGCGCGCGAAGUGCGCCAGAGCUUGGACAGCUACGCGCCGCCGCCUCCCGCGCGGGAAGCGCUGCGUUAUAGCCAGGAUAGCGCGCCGCCGCCGCCGCCGCCCGUGAGCCAGAGCGUGGACAGCUACGCGGCCGCGCGCACGAGCGUGGAUAGCUACGCGGCCGCGCGCCAGAGCCAGGACAGCUACGCGCCGCCGCCGCCCCCGCCGCGAGUUAACCAAGAGCCAGCACCACCACCAUGGGAAGACGACGACGACGACGACGACGCGGCGCCGCGCGCGUGGCACGACACCGAUGAAGACGCGGCGCCGCGCGCGCCGGACGCCGUCGACGACUUCGCGGCCGCGGACGCCUGGGCCCGCGAGGAACGAGUGGCGGCCGAGGAAGCCAAGGCCUUCGCGGCGCUCGCCGCCGACGGCCCGCCGCCGUGGGCCGACGACGACCCGGACGAGACGACGCUCUGGCAGAAUUCGAAGGCUUCGAAGCCGGCCUGGGCUGAUGACGACGAGGAAGGAGAAACGACGGCCCUGGACGACCUCGACGCCGCGCCGGUGAAGGCGAGGCGGUCGAGCGAGCAGCUCGAGCGCUUCUCGCGAUUACGGAAGUCGCGCUCGCCCAAAAAGAAGACACCUGACGUGGAUGAGGGACCGCCGCCGCAGUCGGCGCUCGUGGCCAAGCUGUUCGGGAAAAGGCCCGCGCCCAAGAAACCGGAGGCUCCGCCGCCACAACCGGUGCCAUUAUCCAUGGAAGACCGGCAAGCCUUGGAAGGCGAACUCUCGAAAACCGAGGCCGAACUCGCAGAGGCGCGCGCGGCGUGCCGGAAGCUGCGCGCCGACGUCGACGCGGCGCAGCGCCGCGCGACGGAAUCGUUAGCGGAGCGGACGUCGGUCCGCAGCCAGCGCCAGAAGGAGCUCGAUGAAUGGAUCGCGCGGGAGCGCGACGUCUGCAAGCGCGAGUCCCUCGCGCUGCAUAGGGAUCGACGCAGUCGUAGGGACGAGCGCGUCAAUCUCGAUCGGCAGAAGAAGAAGGAGGUCGAGCGGCUCAAGGAGGAGGCGGCGGCGUUAAGGGAUCAAUUAGAAGCUCGAGCGCGGCGCGACCGGUUGACCGAGCGGCGCCUGAGCGACCGCAACGCGCAAGCCGAGGCAAAAGCAAGGGAGCUCGCGACGCAGCUUUCCUUACUCGAGACGCAGAACGCCGAGGCCGCGGCCAAGCGCGCGCGGCGCGCGGCGGUGCGCGCGGCCGACCGCGACGCGUUUGGAUUAAGGGCGGCCGAGGUCGCGGCUGCUAAAGCCGACGCCGAGGAGACGAUGCGGACGCGGUCUUCAUUAAAUGAGGAGACGGCGGCGUCUUCACAACCAUCAGAAACGUUCCUCGACCAGCCGACGACGUUCUUCGAGGCGGAAACGCGCCUCGAGGCCUCGUACGACGCGGGCCGCUACGCUUCGACCCCGCUGGACGAGGAGGACGACGACGCGUCGGACGACGGCGGCGACGAUCGGAGCGCGUCGGCCGGCGACCCGCGCCGCAGCCAGGACAGCUUCGCGCUGCGCCGCAGCCAGGACAGCGUCGCGCGGAGCCAGGACAGCUUCGCCGCGCCGCCCGCACCAAUCCAUCAAUCCCAGACGGAGCCGGCCUGGCGGCCCGCGGGCCGCGACGGGAAAUUGGAGCGGGCCUGGGCCGAUGGCACGCGCGAGGUGAAAUAUCGCAACGGCACGACGAAGCGGUGUUCCGCUUCCGGUGAAGUCGUGGUGUCCUUCCAGAACGGGGAUACGAAGACCACCUCGCCCGAGGGCACGGUCGUCUACUUCUACGCCGCGGCCGACACGACGCACACAACCGAUGAACUGAACGGGAUCGAGACCUUCGAGUUCCCGAACGGGCAGUUCGAGCGGCACUUUUCUUCUGGUGAAAAGGAAAUUAGAUUUCCGGACGGCACGGUCAAAUUGGUUAGGGCUGAUGGUGGGACGGAGACGACUUUUGCCGAUGGGCAGGUUGUGGUCGAGGAGCCGCCCGAGUAA